AUGAGCGACUCCAAGCUCCUCAGACGAAUCAUCGUCUGUGUGGACGAUACCGUAGAUGCCUUCAAUCAAGCAGCAGGUACCUCAAGGUCGAUAAAUCCUAGCAAUGUUGUCAGAGUACAUCGCUCCAUCAAACAUGGUCGCUUCGAGGACGCAACGGCUAGUAUCGUCGAACAGGAAGCAAAAUACUACCAGGCUAUUGUGCCCACCUCGCGAUUUAAAUCCACCAGUGCGGCUGAGCAACAGAUUCAUGAUAUCGCCCUGGACAUUUGUCAAGCUCUGAAAACUCCAAGAGAUGAGAUCUUCCUCUUCGCUGCUGGCCGUGGCGCCUAUGUGGCACGCGCCGUCGCUGGUCUUCUCCAUCACAUGGGCAUACCUCUACCAGGAUACCUGCGCAGUUUUCGCGAGCUGUACGAGAACGCACUCAAGCUGAUCAAAGCCCGACAGCAGGACGAUGGAAUCAAAGGUGACCAAGCUCUAGAGUUUCUGCGCAUACAUACCCAAGGAACUCCUAACAUCAAGUUUGUCGGCAUUUUUGAUGCAACCGUCUCUCCUGUUGACCAACAAAUCUACGAUACAUCGAUAGUUACCUCAAUCCGGAAUUUCAGGCACGCAAUGGCAUUGAACGAGAACCGCAAGCUCAACACUCUUGACCUGCCUGAUCAGCCUCCUGCUAAGGACAUGCAAAGCAGAUCGUUUCUCCAGAGUUGGUUUUUAGGUUCUCAUGCCGAUAUAACCGGCGGCACCCAGCACGAUGGUCUAUCCAUCUAUCCACUACAAUGGAUCCUGAUUGAGGCGCUGCUGCAAGGACUAGUUGCCUCUUUUGACCUGCCCAACCAAGCAAAUACUGUCACAGAGAACCCCAUAUCCCUUGUGUUCCCUCACUAUGCAGGCGCAGUACCAGAUCUCAGUGGAAAGGAACAAGUGCAGUGGCGAAUCGAAUAUGCCAACGGGGUUAUAGUGAAUAUGUUCGACCUUCAUAGCGUUCACGUGAGCAAGUCCGAUGCACAGGAGACUUCUCAUACUAUAGUCUUUGAGAAAUCGAGCCGCAUGCAAGUCACGCCACGAAGAAUAUUCAACAAGAAAGGUCUCAAUGGAUACGAUCCUGAGGCAAGCUAUGGUACAAUCAUCCACCCGUCAGCGUUUUGCAUACUAAGUCGGAAUCAAAGAUUUCUAGAACAACCCAGAUUCAAACUCUACAAGGAAAAUUUGGCCGACUUCGAAUUUAACUGCUUACGAAGCGACGCAGACACAUUGCCACCAUGGUUGGAAAACUCACAGCUGCUGGCUAGUGGGGUGAAGGCAUUCAGGAUCCUUGUCUGUGGUAAGACAGGUGUCGGCAAGUCAACGCUGAUCAACAAAGUAUUUGGCGUGGAAAUGACAGAAGAAUCUACCAACUAUACACAGGGUGUUCACGACAUCAACAAAGCCUUCGAAUCUCCGAACCACCCAGGUCUGUUGAUACACGACUCACGUGGCUGGCAGGCUGGGAGUGACCAGGAACUUGACCUGAUAGCUCAGUUUUUGCGCCAUCGUGCCUAUCAGAAAGAGGCGGCAGAAGCUCUGCAUGUUAUCUGGUUCUGCGUGGAUGCAGACGUAAGUCGAAUUGAGGAAGCAGACAAGAGAACUUUCGAGACGAUCGCUCAGUAUUCAAAUCAUGUUCCGGUCUUUGUCGUGGGCACUAAAAAGGACAAAUUGGUCGGGUACCGCAAAAUGCAACUUUUAGAGGAAUAUAUGCAAAAAUUGGAUGACUACCAAGAAGCAAACCGGCUAGCCACAAUUGAAGCUGACAAGGUGGCACAAGAACAAUUUCUUGCCCUAAGGGACCAACUUUCGCAAAUCAAGAGCUACAAAGCUGACGGUUAUGUCUGCUUGUCGAAAAAUGAUGAAGCAGGGAUCAAGAACCUGCUUAGUCAAACACUUGACACGAUUGUCGACGAUCGUGUAAGACUAUUUUGUGUAGCCGCGCAGGUCGUCGAUGUCAAUCAGAAGAUAGAUUCGGCCAUCACAGAGUGUAUGAGGCUAGGCACUCAUGCUGUGCGAACAGCAAUGGUACCACUCCCGUUUUCUGGUAUGAUCGGGACGCCAACGGUUUCUAGAAUCAUUUGCGAACACGUUCUCCAAUGCUUCGGCUUUCCAAAAGCAAUGCCGGAAGAGGUUGAGGACAUCAUGUCACGAAUUGUGAUGGGCAAUCUGAAGCAGUUCAUGUCGGUUUCUAUGACUCAAUUUCUCGUCGUUAGCACUGCUGCCGCAGGUUUAGCGGUUGGGACGAUGGGUAUUGGAGCAAUUCUCGGUGUGGCUGGCUCCUUCCUUUCGACUCCUCCAACCGCACGAAUGUUACUCAAGUGUGCGUGCGAUAUGAUCCUGAUCCUUGAGAGAUCAUUUCGAUACAGCGGCAAGUACGUGUCCGUGAGACAGAUCGAAGAUGCAGCAAAGCAGUACACAGCAAUCACAACGACCACGUUUGCAGGCAAGACCAAGCGCUUACAAGAGCAUGUACACGAUGAGGUCGACAGAUUGAUCCCGCUUAUGAAAGUUGCGAUUGGCUGGCGUUUCAAUAAGUUGAGAACAGGUUUCGAAGCCAUUAUCUAUAAAAAUCGGUUCGAUCGACCUCCUGAGUACGAGGAGGACGACUCGCUCGCACAACGUCUGGCAGAACUAGAGGUGUCGACCACCGAACCGGUUGAGUUGCCUACAGACAAUGACAAUCGAAGAGCCGAGUUGUCUGGGACGUCUGAAGUUGCAGAACUUGAGGGAGUACAGUCAAUACCAACCACUGGGGUUUCGGAGCUUCCAGGUUCUAUAAGCCGAGCCUCGAGCACACAAACGCCGUCUCAAACGUUCUCUGACAGAAGCACUGUGCUGUCACCUAGCCUCACUCCAAAAACAUCUGCCACAUCACCAAGUGAGCUGUGGUCUGCGAGCACCGAUAUAAAGAAGAGCAGGAGCGACGGGUCUAGCUUCUUCUCGAGAAUGAGCAGCUCGAUGAAGAUCAAGAAGACAAAAUCGGCUAAGAGUUGA